AUCGCUGCGGGAUGUGAUGUGUCGAGCCCAGCGACCGAAGCGGCUCAGUUGCAUCGUCAGGCUUUUUUUUUCUUUUGUGCCACCGGCAUCGGUAGCUUCUUUAGCUCCUCGCCCGGGUCGGACCCGACGGACUAUCUCGCAUGGAGGAAUUCACCCGUUUGAUCAGUUGUUACACGACCAGAUGCGAUGUGGAUUAGUUACUUCCCCCCUGCUGGAUGGCACCUACGUUAUUCCCUCUACGUGUGAGUGUAUUCGUUCCACUGGUCACCUAGAGGACUCAUCGAGAGAUGAAGACUCUGGAGGAGCCCCCCUACUUGACGGUAGGGACGGAUGUCAGUGCCAAGUACCGAGGGGCUUUCUGUGAGGCCAAGAUUAAGACCGCCAAGAGACUAGUCAAGGCCAAGGUGACCUUUAAACCGGAUCUGUCCACAGCUGAGGUUCACGAUGAAAACAUCAAAGGAGCUCUGAAGGUGGGUGCUGUGGUGGAGGUGAAGAAUCAGGAUGGAGUUUACCAGGAGGCCACAAUCAAUAAGCUGACCGAUGCUAGUAUAUAUACUGUUGUGUUCGACGACGGCGAUGAGAAGACCCUGAGGCGCUCCUCUCUCUGCCUGAAGGGAGCGCGUCACUUUGCAGAGAGCGAGACGCUCGACAGACUCCCCCUCACCAACCCCGAGCACUUCGGCACGCCCGUCAUCGGCAAGAAGGGCAACCGCGGCAGGCGAUCGAAUCCGAUUCAAGAAGAAGAAUUGUCUUCAUCCUCCAGCGAAGAGGAGGAGAGCGACCAGCGGCAGAACGAGGAUCUGUUCGGCAAAGUGGUCUGUGUGGAGGGGGUCGCCUGCGCGGACAAAAAGAAGACCACGUGGUAUCCUGCUUUGGUCAUCUCCCCGGACUGCCACGACGACGUGACGGUGAAGAAGGACAACAUCUUCGUCCGCUCCUUCAAGGAUGGGAAAUUUUACACGGUGCUGCGGAAGGACGUGCGCGAGAUGAACAGUGACUCUCCUCCGAAAGCCGACGCGGGGCUCAAAGCAGCACUGGAUGCAGCCUUGGACUUCCUGCAGAGGUUUGUCGUGCCGAGCACCUGGAAGACAGAAGUGAAGGAAGAAAGCUCAAGCAGCGAGGACGAGGAUGAAGAGGAGGAGGAGGCCCAGGAAGAAGAUACAAGUGGCAAAGACGAGGAGGAGGAAGUGGAGCCGUUCCCAGAGGAGCGGGAGAACUUUCUGCAGCAGCUCUACAAGUUCAUGGAAGACAGAGGAACUCCCAUCAACAAACGGCCUGUUUUGGGCUACAGGAACCUGAACCUGUUCAAGCUCUACAGGCUGGUGCACAAACUGGGAGGCUUCGACAAAAUUGAAAGCGGCGCCGUUUGGAAGCUGGUCUACCAGGACCUGGGAAUCCCCGUGCUCAACUCAGCCGCCGGCUACAAUGUCAAAUGUGCUUACCGCAAAUACCUCAAUGGAUUUGAGGAAUACUGCACUUCCACCGCCAUCACUUUCAGGAUGGACCUCCCUUUGAAGCAGGCGCCCAAGGGGGAGGUGAAGUCGGAGGGGGAGGCAAGCGCAGCACCGGUCACCUCCUCCAGCUCGGAGGAGCCAAAAGACCAGGUGGAUGGAGACCCUUGUGGCACACCGUCUGUAGUCUGCAAGGACGAGAAGCCGGAUUUGGCUCGAAACAAAACGGAGCCCGAGCCGCCGAAAUCGGAGGAGGCAAAGGACGGCGGGAGCGACAGCGAGGACGGCGGGGAAGACGGCCCCCUCAACGGCGACGCGGACGAAGGCUCGUCGACGGCUCGCCUCGGACCCGAGAGCGCGAAGGAGGAGCGCGACGACGAGCAGGAGAGCAAAGACAACUCUGGGGAUGACAGCAGUCAGGAGGGGGAGGAAGGGGAGGAGUUUGAGUGUUACCCCCCGGGGAUGAAGGUGCAGGUGAGGUAUGGGCGAGCCCGCAAUCUGAAGACGUACGAGGCCACUGUGAAAGAGGCAGACGUGGAGGGGGGAGAGGUGCUCUACCUGGUGCACUACUGUGGCUGGAACGUCAGAUAUGAUGAAUGGAUCAAAGCAGACAAGAUUGUGCGCCCGGCCAAUAAGAACGUGCCAAAAAUAAAGCACCGCAAAAAGAUAAAGAACAAAGCCGAGAGGGAGCGCAACAGGCUGGAGAGGCUCAAUGAGAGAGACGUCCUCGGCCCGUCGCCCCACGCCAACCGCCUCGCACGCUCCACAUGUGGCCUGAGUCAGGAUGUCUUUUCCAAGAUGGACGAGGGUGAGGACAAAGGGACUCAGCAGUCUCCAGUCAAGUCUAUAGAAAUUACUUCUAUCCUCAAUGGCCUGCAAGCCUCGGAGAUGUCCACAGACGACAGCGAGCAUGAUGAUGAUGAUGAUGAUGGCGAUGAUGAUGAGGAGGAGGAGGAGGAGGAGGAGGGCGAGCACAACGAGGAGGAUCGCCCCGGUUGCAGAGGCAGCCCCAGAAAGGCCCCGCCGGAGCCCCCGCAAACAUCGGAGGGCUUGGAGAGCGGGACCCCUCCCGAAGCGUCCAAAGCUUUUCCCGUUCCAGGAAAGAACCAGGAACCGGCGGCCUCCGAGAGCACCGAUGUCGGGAAGCGCAGGAGCCAACCGGAGCUGGAGGGAGAGCAGAGCAGCAGGAAGAGAAGAUCGGACGGUGCAGCGGAGAGGGCCCCGAAGGGCCAAUCCAAAGCCAAGACCCGGAGCACCAGGAGCGCCGACUGGCUGCCCGGAGCCUCCCCCAGAAAACUGGAGGAGAGAGCGGCCGGACCCGGGGAGGAAGGGGGGGCCUCGUCCAGCAGCAGCUCAGAGGACGACGGUGCCGAGUCCAAAGCGGCCGAGCCCCAAGCGGAGGAAAGUGAGCGAGGCCGAAAGCCAAAGGGUUCGCCUUCCAAGAAGUACAACGGGACGAAGGAGAAGACCAAAGGGGGCAGACAGGCCGGCUUCUGGGAGAUUCCCGAAAAGAGGGCCAAAAUGUCUGGGAACGCAGAGGAAAGGCCGGCGGUCCGCUCUAAGGGCCAGAAGGACGUGUGGUCCAGCAUCCAGGCCCAGUGGCCCAAGCAGACUCUCAAGGAGCUGUUCUCUGACUCGGACACGGAGGCCGCCAAUUCUCCCCCUCCGCCGGCGCCCCCGUGCCCCAAGGAGCCCGGCGUCGAGCAGGAGGCCGGACCCGAGGACGAGGCCUCGGCGGAGCGGCCGGAGAACGACAAACUGCAGGAGUUCCCGAGCAGCGGCAGCAACUCUGUGCUCAACACGCCACCAACGACGCCCGAGUCUCCCUCAGGGGGAGGCGGCGCCGCGGAGGAGUCUGGCGAGGCGCGGGCGUCCUCCUCCCCGCAGCCGCCGCCGCCCGCAGCGGCCAUGGUGCCUUUGGAGACCGCGUCGGACUCUCUACCCCCGGGACCCGCGCAGGAGGAAGUGGCGGGCGGGCGCAGUGAGACAGACAGCAGCACGGUGGAAGUGGAGAGUCUGGGCGGGGAGCUGCAAGAGCUCCCUCGGGACGAGGGGGCCGGUUCCCCCUCCAAGGUGUUUGACGUCAGCCUCUCCUGCAACAACAGCAGCAGCAGCUGCAGUCUGGAGCUGAGCAGCAGCAGCCACCAGGAGAGCGAGCAGAAGUCCAAAGCCUCUGCGAAUCAGAAGCGGCAGAAGGAACCCCCCGCAGGUGGGCCGUCAAAGAAACAAAAGCCAAACCGCAAGAGCCUAGUUGUGCCUCCCAAAAAGAAUAGGAAAGCAGAUUGUUGUACCCCUUCUUUUUUCCCCGCUUCAGCCGUCUUUCCUCCUCCAGCCAACAGCAGCGACAGCGAGGACCAGUCCGUUGUCGGGGGCACUGCCAAACCGACUGCCUCGAAAAGCAACGCCCCGGACGCGAAGGCCACCACUUCGCCCAAGUGUCACAUUCGAUCUCCCCCGAGCCAUAAGUACCACAAGCAGGGUGACGCCGAGCACACGCAGCACCGAGACCACCACGGGAGAUCGUCGCGUGUGUACAAGUGGAGCUUCCAGAUGUCUGACCUGGAGAAGAUGAGCGGCCUGGAGAGGAUUUCGUUUCUUCAGGAGAAGCUGCAGGACAUCAGGAACCACUAUCUCUCCCUCAAGUCCGAGGUGGCCUCCAUCGACAGACGUCGAAAACGCAUGAAGAAAAAGGAACGGGAAAGCACGGUGGCCGCUUCCUCCUCGUCCUCCUCGUCCUCGUCCCCGUCCUCCAGCUCACUGACUGCGGCGGUCAUGCUGACGCUGGCCGACCCGCCGGUGUCCUCCUCCUCCUCCUCCUCUCAGAACUCUGGGGUAUCAGUGGAGUGCAGGUGACAGGACCAACCGGG